AUGCCGAUUCGGUCUCGAGAUGCGUCGAUGCUGCAAGCUGAGCUGCCCUCUGAAGACCCAACGGAGCUGGGACAGCUGGUGGUGGACGAUUCCGAUGGCGAUGGAGAAGAAGAAAAUCCUUUGACAAAGACAGGCAGUGCCUUGAAUGUCGUUCGAACCAAGUUGAUACGUCACAUCUCUCAUGAGAACGAGCCAAACCGCCGGUCUCGAGCAUCUGCGGGCCACAGCCAAGAAGAGGUUGCUCGAAGGGCCGAGCUCAGGCGAUUUCGGCAUCAGAGGAUCCAAGAAGAGCUCAAGAACGAAGAAAGCAAAGCCGAGUCAAGCAGCACGUCUCAUCGUAGCACUCGCUAUCUUUCCCCCCUUAUUGACGCUGGACAACCGAGAGUUGGUCCCAGGGAUGCCUUGGAGUUUACAGUUGCAGACGCGCAUCUGAAUACAACACAACCGCCUUCGACACAAGAUGCGCAAUCUACCGAAACUCAACACAAAGAAGCAUGCGACUCCUCGCAAGAUCAAGGCGGGGUGUUGAAACCUCCUGUUACACUAGCAUUAUCUGGCGUGGAGAGCUGGGAUCAAGCCCCCCCUUUACGGCCACCCAGUACGCACAGCUCUACAUCUCAAAAGUUGACAGGAUGCUCGGUCAAUGUGCCUCGUCUAGGACGUUUUUUGGGUGCAGAUAAUGAGUUCGAUAUUCGCCAUGGUGCUCAUGCUUGGGAGGAACAGUCUGCUCUUGGCAUCUGGCUUGCUGCCCAGGGUUUGCAAUCACGAAGCAGCUCCGUCCGCCCCGGAGGCAGCGAUACGAAUGAUAGGAGUCUUGGGAAUCAAGUUUUCUCACCCCAGGAAGAUUUUGGCGGGAUCGAUAGUACCGUAGAGGCUCUAUUUCCGACUCGUUGUCGAGUCACUGAUGUGGAAGAGCUUCACGAUCAAAAUAAUUCGUUCGAGAGCGUAUCAUUCGAAUCAAGCUUGCCCAAUAACCGUGUGCAAAGCGAGGCUAAUGCUACCUUGCUUGGCCGGAAUUUGCUCUUGAAACCAGAUACCUUGGAUAUUGCCAUAUCGAGACCCGUUGAUCCCAGCUCUUCCGACUAUCCUUCGGUUCUUCCCAGCUUCCAGCCCAGCCCGGAUCGGUCUCAAUCCAAUUUACAUCAUCUUAGUGCAGAGGAUUUAGAGAGCCUUGAGCUUUCGCCCUUUAGCUGGAGAGGCAACUUCUCCGUCAUUAGAAGCAACCAUGCAUCCGAAGGAAUGAGCUCAUAUGCCACAGCGGAAGAGAACAUCCUGUUCUCCGAUAAUGAUGCUAGCACUACUCAGAUCAAUUGUCCUACAGCACAGGCCUCUGUCGAUGGACCAUCUUUGGUCUACUCUGGUGCUGCGAGGAUUCGGCAACGAGACGUCAAGAUGCAGACGAUUGGGACAAGGCUUGGUGACGCUCUGUCCCAUAAUAAGUCAUCCCUGAACUUCGGCAGCCGCUUCAAGGAAGAGUUUCAUCCAGGUUCUAUUGGAUCAGGCCGCCGAUCAUUCAUGGCAAAAAUGAAUCUUUCCGUCCCAAGGAGAUCUAAAUUCAGCUCCAAUAGCUUUGGUACGGCGCAAAGUAGACACUACUCAACUGAAAGAAGCUCAUGGGCUCUGGGACGCGAGGAAUCGAAUAUUUUGCGACUGGAGACUCCUACUGGUGGAUCGUCGACCUUUAAUAAACAAGAAGAUUCUUUCUCGCCGAUUGACUUGAGCCCGACCGCACUUGCUCGUGUACACGACUACCAGAACUCAUUCAUAUCACGGCAGUCAGGAGGUUUUGACACCUCUAGACUCACACCACACUCAGAGCUCUUAUUGGACGAAGCUCAAAGUCCUUCGCGUCGGAUUCUCCAGCAAUGGACGACCAAUCUCCAAGGCACAUUUUCGCCCAACUCUACCCCAAAACCCGGCCAACCAUCCAAGACCGCUAAACGGCUGACCAAGAUACCCCCCCUACAGCCACACACCCUCCAAGCUUGUGAAGAAAGAAUUACAAACGCCAAUCUUCAACAACAACAGAUAGAUGGUAGCCGGAAUUUGGCUGAAAACGGUUCGCUUUCGGAGCCAACAUCACGCUUUCGAACUGGCAAGUUCGGAAAGGCUGUGAAGUCUGGGUUGAAGAAACUUUUGCCGUCCCACGACAAUGAGAACCAAGCCCAGUUUUUUCAAAUUCCCGAAAACCAGCGAGGGCAUGAUAAAAACGAAAAGCGCUUAGGACACAAGACCGUGAGAAUGGAUACACCAACUAUCGCAAGUGAGCACCAAAACUUUGCAUCGAAAGGGGCGGCUGGAUAUGGCGCCGCAUAUUCAAAGCAGUACUUGCCUGCGGAAGUAGACUAUUGCCACCAGCCACCUGUAGUGAAGCUCGGAAAUGCUAUUGAUCUUGAAUAUUCGAAAGAAGUUGAUGGAGUUACUACGGAUCUGGAAGCGCAGGAGCCAGUUGACGAGUCCAGCCAGAGUCACCACGAGAGAGAUGAAUUGAUGAGUGACGUCCCUGUGCGACCAUGGAGAAGGCUGACAUCCAAGGAAGAGAAAGAUAGCAACCAUGAAGGAACUGAUUCAACAUCGGCCUCCAGCGAGAUACGGGCUCUUCGACGUUGGAAAUCGGCAUUGGAUGUACCGACAAACAGGAAGCCGUCUUUAGCCUGUACUGGCCAAUCCAUGGCACAAUCUCUUAGCUUGAGCAAUCUUAGAGCUUAG